UCGAAUCCCUCAUAACAACACCAAGCAGCAUAAGAAUCGUUCCUCCGUUUGAGAACUUUUUUCGGCAUCCGGCGCCAGAUAGGAAAGGUGAGCCCUGCGGAAAAGAUUAUUUGCAGCUGGAAGUGGUGGGCGGUUUCGAUUAGGAAUUGAAGAAAAUUGCUGUGAGGUGAAAGCGGUUAUUAGGAAAUACUCAGGAAUCCAAAAUGUCGGACACAGAGGUCGUUGAACCGAAAAAGGGUCGAGGCCGCCCUGCCAAUCCCGAAAAGAAUAGCGUUACUCCAAAGAAACGUGCACGCGCUGUUUCACCAAAGGACAAAGUCGACGAAAAAGAGAAGGAAAAGGAUAAGGCGCUAGCUUCAGAUGAAGAGCCCUCGGCGAAACGAGGUCGGGGCAGGCCCAAGGGUACAACAAAAAAGGCGCCAAAGGCUAAAAAACCGGAAGCCAAAAAAGGACGCGGUAGAGCCAAAAAGAAGCCCACUAAGGACGAGUCCAGCGAAGAUGAAGAGGAUGAAGAAGACGAGGAGAAUGAUAGUGAGGACAACGAGGAGAAUGACGAGUCCGACUCCUAAAAAUUUAUUCGAAUAUAUUUAUUGAGCCACCGCAGAUUCAAAGCAAAUUUUGUAUCAUCCCAAAUACCGUGACAAAAUAAUAGUAAUAUACAUAACUGAACAAAAAACAAUCUACAAACCACUUACAGACGGCAAUUAAUUAAACAAAUGACAAAAUAAAAAAAAACGUUUAUCAUUCGAUGUGACUCAUUACUCAGACAAAAGCAGCUGUGUGUUCCAUAAAAAAUAGCAAAACAAACAAACAGCUACAACUUUUAAAUGGCAUUCUUUGAGAAAACAUUAAUAGAGAAAUAAAAUCAUCUGAAUUUGGACAAAAGAGAAACGAAUCAAAA